AUGUUAUCUUUCCUCCUAUGUUGCCAUCCUAAGAAGAGGAGGGAGAGACAAAUAUGGAAGCAGAUUGAAGAGGAAGCUGAGCACUUGGAUCAGCUUCCAUCAUGGGAUGCUCCCGACAACACAUUGAUGUUGCAAGCCUUUGAAUGGCACGUGCCAGCCGAUCAAGGUCAUUGGCGUCGUCUUCACCAGGCCUUGCCAAGCUUCAAGGCAAUUGGGGUAGACAACAUCUGGAUUCCGCCCGGGUGUAAAGCUAUGAAUCCAUCUGGUAACGGGUAUGACAUCUAUGAUCUGUAUGAUUUGGGGGAGUUUGAGCAAAAAGGGUCUCGAGCUACCAAAUGGGGUACAAAGGAGGAGCUUCAGUCCUUGGUAGCUGCCGCCCAGGAUCUUGGUAUAGGGAUUUACUGGGACGCUGUUCUCAAUCACAAGGCGGGAGCAGAUUACACAGAGCGCUUUCAAGCUGUCAGAGUUGACCCAGAGGAGCGUAAUAUGGAGAUCGCUCCUGCAGAAGAAAUAGAGGGCUGGGUGGGGUUCAACUUCUCUGGACGUGGGAACCAAUAUAGUUCGACGAAGUACAACAAACACCACUUUAGCGGUAUUGACUGGGAUCAGUUACGCCAAAGGAGAGGGGUCUACAAGAUUCAGGGACAUAAAUGGGCGAACGACGUCGCCCAUGAGAAUGGAAAUUACGACUAUCUCAUGUUCGCCAAUCUAGACUACUCUAACGCAGAAGUACAACGCGACGUCCUAAACUGGGCCGAGUGGCUCAAUUCUCAACUGCCUCUUAGUGGUAUGAGACUGGAUGCGGCCAAACAUUACUCGGCUGGUUUUCAGAAAGAGCUUAUUGAUCAUCUCCGAGCUAUUGCUGGGCCAGACUAUUUUAUAGUGGGCGAAUACUGGAAAGGCGAGACCAGGCCGCUGGUUGAGUACCUGAAGCAGAUGGACUACAAACUAUCAUUGUUUGAUUCCGCUCUAGUUGGGCGGUUUUCAAGCAUUUCACAGACACCAGGAGCGGAUCUUCGCAACAUCUUCUCUGAUACAUUAGUACAGCAGUAUCCAGAUCAUUCUGUCACUUUCGUUGCAAACCAUGACACUCAACCAGGACAAUCUCUCGAGGCACCAGUAACAUCGUUCUUUAAGCCCCUCGCAUACGCCCUGAUUCUUCUCCGUGAACAAGGGCAACCAUGCAUAUUCUACGGAGACCUCUACGGCCUCCAAGCUGACGUCAAAGACCCAAUGACACCUUCCUGCAGGGGCAAGCUGCCCAUCCUCGCACGAGCUCGAAAGCUUUACGCAUAUGGCCUGCAACGAGACUACUUUGACAAGCCGAACUGCAUUGGUUUCGUCCGCUACGGCAACCGUCGGCACCCCUCUGGUCUCGCAUGCGUGAUGAGCAACACAGGCCCAUCAAGAAAGCGGAUGUAUGUUGGUCGACGACACGCCAAGGAGACAUGGACGGACAUUCUGCAGUGGUGUGAUCAGACUGUUGUCAUUGAUUUCAAGGGAUACGGAGAGUUUCCAGUUAGUGCGAUGAGCGUGAGUGUGUGGGUAAACUCCGAGGCUGAGGGAAGAGAUAGCCUUUCAUAUCAUUUUGAUGAGGAUAUAUACAAACUAGCUUAG